AUGAAUUUUCUGUCACGGGUGAUGUAUAAAAGAGAUAGACAGAAGAAAUCAAAGUUAAGACGUUGCGAAAGGCAAUGGCUGUUUUCAGGCAUUGAUCUCAAUUCCGCUGCUGCCGGUGACGAAAAAUCACGUCCAUUUCCUGGUCAAAUACAUAAACAUAAUAAAUAUCAUUCGCGUCAAAAUCAAUUCCACCAUUUGCAGAUUGACUGUGGUCAACUUUUACCGAAUUCAGCUAUAAUCUUUGACAAGGAGGAAGGAUCUCAAUUGAACCUUGUAGGAAAGAGCAAAGGAAAAUCUGCAUACCGAUCUAUAAUAAAUCCUGAUUGGGACUUCCAAAAGAUGGGAAUAGGCGGGCUUGACAAGGAGUUUUCAGGAAUAUUCCGUCGAGCAUUCGCCUCAAGAGUUUUUCCUCCUGAGUUUAUUGAGCAACUCGGAAUGAAGCACGUGCGUGGUAUUCUUCUAUUUGGUCCUCCUGGUACUGGUAAGACAUUAAUGGCUCGUCAAAUUGGCAAAAUGCUUAAUGCGAGAGAGCCAAAGAUUGUGAAUGGACCACAAAUUCUGGACAAAUAUGUUGGAGAGUCAGAAUCGAAUGUGCGGAAACUGUUCGCGGAUGCUGAAGAGGAAUGGAGGAGAUGUGGAUCCAAUUCAGGUCUUCACAUUAUUAUCUUCGAUGAAAUCGAUGCCAUCUGCAAACAGAGAGGCUCCAUGGCUGGAUCUUCCUCUGUACAUGACACAGUCGUCAACCAGCUGCUGUCGAAACUGGAUGGCGUUGAACAGCUUAACAACAUCUUGGUUAUAGGUAUGACAAACAGAAAAGACAUGAUUGAUGAGGCACUUCUCCGUCCUGGUCGUCUUGAAGUACAGAUGGAAGUUAGCCUUCCAGAUGAAUUUGGACGUCUACAGAUUUUGAAGAUCCAUACUUCUCGAAUGCGGUAAUG